UUUACAGACUAAAAUACACAGCUUAAAAGAGAGGGAAGUAGGACUAAACUAACCCUGGGAGAUCUGCAAACAUGUCUGGAAAGCUGGUUUGCAUUGCUGAUUUUGAGGAGUAUGCUGCAAAAUUCCUCCCCAAAUCAGUGUAUGAUUAUUACCGCUCCGGAGCGGAUGAUGAGGAAACACUAGCAGAUAAUGUAGCAGCAUUUUCAAGGUGGAAGCUGUACCCCCGGGUGCUCAGGGACGUGUCAGUGAUGGACCUGUCGACCUCAGUCCUGGGGCAGAGGAUCAGCAUGCCAAUCUGUGUUGGAGCCACUGCCAUGCAGCGCAUGGCUCACGCCGAUGGAGAGACAGCUACUGCUAAAGCUUGCCAAGCAAUGGGGACGGGGAUGAUGCUGAGCUCCUGGGCCACCUCUUCCAUUGAAGAAGUGGCUGAAGCAGCUCCAUCCGGCCUUCGCUGGCUGCAGCUCUACGUGUACAAGGACCGGGAGGUUACCAAAUCCCUUGUGAAGCGCGCGGAGCGAGCAGGAUACAAAGGGAUCUUCGUGACGGUGGACACGCCGUUCCUCGGCAGGCGCUUCGACGACGUGCGCAACAAGUUCCAGCUCCCUCCCCACCUCAGAUUAAAGAACUUCUCAAGCAGUGACCUGGCAUUCUCCUCGGGGAAAGACUUUGGAGAAAACAGUGGACUGGCUGUGUAUGUAGCUGAGGCCAUUGAUGCAAGUGUCAACUGGGAGGACAUCAAAUGGCUUCGAGGGCUGACCUCGCUGCCCAUCGUCGCGAAAGGAAUCCUCAGGGCUGAUGAUGCUAAAGAAGCUGUAAAGAUUGGGUUAAAUGGUAUCCUGGUAUCAAAUCAUGGAGCACGACAGCUUGAUGGGGUCCCUGCAACUAUUGAUGUCUUGCCUGAAAUCGUGGAAGCUGUGGAGGGGAAGGUGGAGGUGUUCCUAGAUGGUGGUGUAAGAAAAGGCACAGACGUUCUCAAAGCACUCGCUCUUGGUGCCAGAGCUGUGUUCGUCGGAAGACCUCUCAUCUGGGGCUUGGUUUAUCAGGGUGAAGAAGGAGCAAAAGAGGUUCUCCAGAUGCUUAAGGAGGAGUUUCGCCUGGCAAUGGCACUGACAGGGUGCCGGAGAGUAGAAGAAAUCAGCAGGACACUGAUACGAAGACAUCAAGUAUUGUCUUCCAAGAUUUAGGUCUGAAGACUAUUGCCUCGUGUGUUGCCUGCUGUACAGAAAGUGGGCUACCAGACAAAAAGCAACUGUGUUCAUUCUUUGGGCCUCAUCCUGCAAUUGAGACUAGAAGAGGUGGUCUGUAGGAGAUGACUUGCUGAAGAGAGUACUUAAAGCAAAUGUUACAGGUGUUUCUGUAUUCUCUGAGGGUGUUAAGGAAAGCUGCUCUACUGGGAGUUGUAAUUAAAGAUAGGCCUUUAUAUAAGACCAACAUAGAAACUUCAAGGUGUUUUGCAUCAACUGCUAAUAUUAACUUACAUGCCUGGAAGUAACUUAGAUGUUAAACAAUAAACCAAAAUGUUUUGAUAGCAAGCCACUAUCAAAAUGGGGAAAUUUAAAAUGUAAAAGAUAGUUCUUGAUCACUGUUAAAGAAACUACACUGUAGAUUGUGGAGAUUAAAUCUUGGUUUCUUAUGAACAUAGCAUCAUUUCCCUAAAGACCAUGUGCUAUUACUUUACAACUAAGAGUCCUCUCAGUUCCUACAGCCUACAUGGUUAGAAAGAACUGAAUAGCAAAGCAAAAUUGGGGAAAUUCUGCUGUUUAAGUGACACAAAACCCCUCUGCAAUGAGAUAACAUUACAUAUGUAUGUCAGGUACAGGUCAGAUCCUUGGCUGGUGCAAAUCCUUGUAGCCCUGUUGCCUUCACCAAACUGUGCCAACUGCACCCAGCUGGAGCCCUGAGUCCCAUUUUUCACCUGGAUUCAUUUGCUGGCUGUGGCAAGUGGAGGCUGAUGCUACCUGGAAGAGUUUUUAGGAUUUGCAACCAUGUGCAAAGGAGGAACUUGAAUAAUUGAUGCAUUAGCCCAUCACUUGGGAAGAUCCUAGUGACUUUGUUCAGUUUCCAUGCACACCCUUCAGACAAGAUAAAUCUUAGUGUUGUUCACUCUGCUUAUGAUGAGGAUACAGAGAUUUUGUAAAGAACAAAGGGAUAGCUUCAUACUACAAAGUGAACUUUCCCAAACUGAGCAAGCAGGCAGAGGAGGUAAAACUCUACUAAUUUCAUCUUGGGUAAAACUAAGAGUGGCUCUUCAUCUGUCUCGCUUCUGCUGCAGGUAUAGCAAUGUUAGUGGGAGCAGGCAGAGGCCACUGCAGGAAGGUUUUGAAAAUCUUGUUAUGGAAAUUUAAUGUUCAUUUUUAAGCAGGAAUAAAGAAAAAAAAACCCAAAAAGCCUUGGUUUCAUUGUUCACUGUCACUGACAUCACUGGCUCCACCGUUUGUUUCCCAUCAGUGUCAGAAGGACUCCUGCGUGUUCUGACUCUCCCUUUUUGCUCUGUUUGAAAUAUCCCUUACUGAGCUUUAGAGGCAGCUUUGUAAUAAAAUGAUGGAAUAUUAUAAUGUGAACUAAAGCUGGGGUUGGAACUCAAAAAGGGGAGAAAACCCAAAAGGCCACAUGCUUGCCCUCCAGUUGUAAAAUCUGUACUCUUAUUUACUGCAGAAUGUAGUGUGUUGUGUGAGGGUUGCAUAGCAACAAAAUAAAGUUUAUCUCUGUAAGGAAA